UACAAAAGAAAAGCCAUAACCAACAACCAACCAUUUCUUGUAGGUGUAUAUAUCAUACCAACAAAAAUCCAACGACACGGAGGAUUCCGCUGCCAUGGGUGCCACCGAGCAUGUGGUGGUGGUGGAAGGGGAAAGUGAAGAAGAAAAGAGAGAGGAGGAAAAAGGAGCGGCGGAGGAGAAAGAGAAAGUGGACUUGGAGAAGGGACAAGUGGGGGCUUUUGUUGAAGACAAGAGUUUAGAGAGAAAUGAAGACCAAAGAGAUCAUUUUCAUAUCUCUAUGUUGCAGACAUUGAACCCAACAAACCCUUUAAGGAUUGUCGUCAAUGGUGGUACCAGAGUGGCUCCUCCUCCUCCUUCCCAGUCUUCUAGGUUUCAGGUUCCUGCUCCUCCUUCCCAGUCUUCUAGGUUUCAGGUUCCUCCUCCUCCUUCCCAGUCUUCUAGGUUUCAGGCUCCUCCUCCUCGUUCUACACCAACCCCACAACAAUCAGUGACAACACUCAACUCGAGACGAUUCACCAAUAAAAUAACCCUAUUAUUAUACUUGGUGCACAAGGUUGCGGCUAUUGCUCUUGUUGGUUUUCUUAUAUUCAAGGGAGUUCAAGGGCUAAUCGAUGCAUCGAACCCCGCUAGACGAAAAGAGGAGAGGGUGCUUAAAUAUUUCUUGCCACAAGUUGAAGCUGCAUCUCUUUUGAGCAUCACUCUGGCAUUUGCUUGGCAAAAGGCUUUGCGGGAAUGGCCUCGGAUCAUGGUUUACUUCAUCAUAUGGUGCACUUUCUUCAUGUCUUUAUCGGCCGGGAUCCUUCUGAUUUGCUUCCAAAAGCCUGCAACGGACGGCGUUGGAGUCUGCUUCAUCGCUUUUGCCAUCGGCAAUGGCUUGUAUGCGUGUUGGGUCUCUCAACGAGUCGGAUUUUGUUUCAAGGUGUUGCUCAAAGCACUCGAACCGGUUGACAAAUUCCCCGACUUGAACGGACCUGCUUAUUGGAUGCUUGGGUCUGGGUUCUUGUGGAUGUCCCUGUGGAUCUUGGCUGUCAUUGGAGCCUUGAAUUUCUACUACACUCCAUUGGUUAUAAUUGCAUUGGUCUUGAGCUUGGCUUGGACAACUGAAGUGAUGAGGAAUGUAGUUAAUUUGACUGUUAGCAGAGUGAUUGCUCUGUAUUAUCUCAGAGGAAUGCAGUCCAACACUCAGUUCUGCUUCCAGAGAGCCUUGUCCCGGAAUCUUGGCAGUGCUUGUCUCGGUUCUUUAUUCGUUCCAGCAAUCGAAGCCUUGAGAAUCGUGGCCAGAGGCUUGAAUUUACUUGAAGGAGAAGAUGAAUUUAUGUUCUCUUGUGCUCAUUGCUGUCUCAAUGUUAUGCAGUCCAUCUUCAGAUAUGGGAAUGGGUGGGCAUACGUACAGAUAGCUGCCUAUGGAAAAAGUUUUGUUAGGGCAUCGCAGGAUACUUGGGCACUUUUCGAGAGGGAAGAAAUGGUAUCCAUCGUUGAUUCCGACAUGACAAGCGCGCUUUGCUUCCUCACUGGCGUUUGCAGUGGUUCGAUUUGUGUUAUUGUUGUGGCUGCUUGGACUGCAACAGUCCACCGACCCUUCACUGCCACCAUCUCCCUCCUGGCCUUCUUCAUUGGAUACCUCAUGACGAGGAUCGCCAUGGCAUUGCCGCAUGCAUGUGUGAGCUGUUACUAUGUCUGCUAUGCCGAAAAUCCCGAGAACCGGUUGUUCGAUAAAACAAUAAAGGAACGCCUGGAGAUGAUAAAGACCGGUCGGGAUGUGGUGAUGGCAACACCACGUGUGCCCCGUCGAUUUACGAGAUAGCUUCUGCCGGCGAGUCGGAAAAAGAAACGGGAAUAGGGAUUUUCCUACGCAUGUACAUACAGAAAUAAUGCAGGAAAAUCCCGAAAUUUAGCAGGCAUUGGUCAGUUUCAAUGGGGGUGUGAUGGAAGAGACUCAAAUAAGGCCAACUUUGUAUGUAAAAUGAUUAACUAUUAUUGG